AAUCAGCUCACUUCUUCUAAUCCCCUCAAUUAUAGAAUCUCUAGAGCUGCCCCUGGGAGGGCCGGAUUCCAGGGAAAGAAAUGGAUGGGCGGGCCUGGGCACUGAGGAGCCAACAGGUGGGAAAGCAGGUUUACUCUGGGCCCAGGAGGGCUCCCAGCGGUCUUCCGGGUUAAGAGCUGGUCUUCUUGAACAUCGGAAGCUGGGGGAACCACAUCCUGGUCUCACCCACCUACCCUGGCUUUGCAGACACCUAGGCCUCCACUCCGCCUCUAACACUUAAGCCACCUCCUGUGACACAGACCUCACCGUCCGCAGAAGCCUCUCUCCUCAGCCAUGCCUCCCAUGCCCAAGGUGCCAGGAGGCGGAGGUCCCUGGCAGGUGACGUGUGAGUCCUGUGUGUCCUAGAAAGUCCACCGGCAUUUGGGGACCAAGGCCUGCUCAGCGAGGGUCGUUCCUCCUGGGCCAGCCUGGCCGCUCAGGUCCCCUCGUCAGCUGGAAUGCCCUCCCACGUGGCCCGGACGCUGCUGCUCGUCUUCAUCGUACUCCAUCCAGGAUCCUGUGCUCUCUGGGUGUCCCAGCCCCCUGAGGUUCAUGCCCAGGAGGGUGCCGCUGCCCUCGUGCCCUGCUCCUUCAAUGCCAGCCAAGGGACACUGGCCAUUGGCUCUGUCACAUGGUAUCGGGACAUGGUGGCCCCGGGGAAGGAAGUGAAGAAUGGGACCCCAGAGUUCAGGGGCCGCCUGGCCCCUCUUGCCUCUUCCCGCUUCCUCUGUGACCACCAGGCGGAGCUGCACAUCUGGGAUACCCGAGGCCCAGAUGCCGGCGUCUAUGUGUGCCGGGUGGAGGUGCUGGGCCUGGGUGUUGGGACAGGGAACGGGACUCUGCUGGUGGUGGAGAAAGGACCUCCUGGGCCAGGGCCCCUCGCGGCCCUCCUCCUUCGGGCUGGAUUCUAUGCCUUCAGCUUUCUCUCCGUGGCCAUGGGCAGCACCAUCUAUUACCAAGGCAAGUGUGCGUCAUGGAGCCAUGACAAUGGCCUAAGAGAAGGUGGAGCAGCGAGCGCGCUGGAGGGGGGAGACAGAGGCCAAGGCGCGAGGAGCCUCACAGCACCAGGGACUCGGCCACCUCCCUGCCAGGCCACUGCCACCUGGGGACACUGCCGCCUCUUGGAUGCCUCUGAUGAGUGAUUCCAGACCCCAGUGACCCCAGCACUCUUCAGGAGACCCCAAUAAAUCGGCCCCACCACUAACUUCCA